UGACUUUUUCGUAACGCUUUACUUUAUUGCCUGCAACAUGCCAUGGCUGUUUGGUGGCUGCUUUCCACGGUUCGGGCUGCCGGCCACUUUGUUCAGGUGCCAGGCGAGAGUGAUGCCAGCCUUUUCGCGCGUUGGCCUGGGCCGAUUUCUGACCCGUGCCUCGAGUGGGCGGAGGGUGCUGAAGGCUAUGAGCUCCGUCGCCUGGCAACACGCAGAGCCAAGUUUUUCUCUGAAGCCCGCGAUGCAGUGCUGCGUACCGCUUCGGGCGCUCGAGGGGGCGAGUGGCAACCUGUCUUGGCGUGCCCGGCCACUGGCUGGACACUGCGAAUCCUGAAUGCAUCGGCAUUUGCUGACGGAGAGGAGGGAGAAGCCGAGCUUGCUUUGGUUGUGAGAGAAGUUCUCAUGGCAGAUGAGUCACUGCUGCAGACACUGUCGUCUCGAUUGAGCCUCUUCGGCUUGCUGGCGCUUGCUGGCAGACGGAAGCGCCAGCGCCAACUGAGCACUCUUUCUCCAGUGAUAUGGGAUACAUUCACGGAUCUUCCACGAUGGUCAUCGCUGCAAUCAGAGUUGUGGAAAGCAAUCAGGACAAGACGCCCUUUGCCGAUGGCCGCUACAAUUCUGGAGAUGUCUUCUGGUCCGGAUGGCUUGAAGUUGGCAACUUGCCUGCUGGCAUCUGCUCAGGAGAUCAGGCUGAGAUCAGGGGACAUCAUCUCUGGCGCACAGACCUUUUCAGAGGUUCGUGCGCUCGUUGGGCGCGCUGGGGCGGCUGUGUCUCUUUGGGCCUCGCAGGUGCCGCUGGAUGAGCUGGUCAGGGGGCUACGGGAUUGGCCGCUGGUGCAGCUUCUGGCGGACCUUGAGGUGUCCGACUUGGCGCAGCUGCACGCGAUGGGGCGCCAGCUUGUGUCGCAGCAGAUGGUGCGCUUUCUUCCUUCGCCGGAAGUGGUGCCCAGCAUUGUGCUGCCUUACCGGGAGCCCUUGAGUGACCACGACCGCGAUAUUGGGCGCUUUCAUUGCACUUCCGACUUCUUCACGGAGGUGGAGUUUUGGUUGCGUGAAUACGGCCAUUUGCCCGAAGCUCGUAUGGUGGCCGUUGAGGUGGCAUGCUGGCUUCCUGACUGCUUAAUCUGGGCUGCUCAUCGCGUUGGUGGCCGCAUAUCAGCAGCGUGCUUGGAGGCUGACGACCUGGCAGUUGCCACGGGCAGACGCUCCAUCAAACUGAAUGGCUUCGAGGGCCAGGUGCACAUGCUUCAGCGGCGAGUUACUGGCUCACUUUCGGCCUGUUGGCACUGCCGAGACCAUACCGACAUGCAGCACCCAGACAACCUGGAAGCAAAUGCGCACUUGUCAAAUGACCGGCGAUGCUGGUUCCACGAGGCAACUGGGAUGGCAUGUGCCAAAGAUCACUUUGCCAGCUCCAUCGACACAGAAGUCAGCCGGCUUGGCUUCCAGCAGAUCGACAUCCUUAAGAUGUCAAUUUCAUCAAUGGACAUCUUGAGGAGCUCUUCGUGGGCCCUUCAAAGAACACAACGGGUCUUGCUGGCCACUGACCCUCGAGAUACGCUGGCACAAGUGGAGCUUCUACGGGAUGCUGGGUUCGAGGAAAUCCAUGUCCCCAUGCCUCAUAUGUCUGGUGGAUCCACACCGUAUAGCUUCUAUAUUAUUGCACGCCGGCUCGGAGUGUAAAAUCGAUUUGGAGCGAGUGUGUGUGUGUGUGUGUGUGUGCGCCCAU